AUGUUACUUUUCGUCUGGUUUCAUAUUGGUCUUAUAGAAGCUACUUCGUCCAUUUUUAGCAAAACAAUUCCAGCUGUUCCUUGUCGGAAAAAUAUAACUUGUGGUAAAGAGCCACACAUUAUGUGCGAGUCUCGACCACCACAAUGUGAGCCAUUUCAACCACUCAAAUUGGGUGCUGAUGAAAUUUACUACUUUUUAUUGGGUCAUAAUGGUUUGCGAAACCGAGUGGCAGAGCAAUAUAAUAUUGCAAACAUGAAUAUCGUGCAUUGGAGCGCUCAAUUGCAAAUGAGAGCCGAACGUUUUCUCAGAAGAUGUCGCGUGGAACCGGAUGCUUGUCAAAAUGUUGGUCCCAAAGAGACGCGAGUGUAUCACAAUUUUCACUUUCAUCACGGUAUAAUACAUCAAAAAUGGUCGGCACAUUUGGUGCGCAAAUGGUACAAUGAAUUCAAUUAUCGUGAAAGAUGGGAGAAUUUUAAUGAAAAACGCAAGAGGGGUCUCAUUGGCAACUACUCGCAAUUGAUAUAUCCUACAGUAGAACUGAUUGGAUGCAAUGCCGCAAAUCUCUCCGAUGGUUCUUUAUUUGUUUGUUAUUACUGGCCACGCACGUCUAAAAAAUAUGAAGACGGCUUUCUUUAUGGCGAGCCUUGUUCACAAUGUAAUCCACAGUUGCCGGCUUGUUCACGCAUCUUUCGUGGACUAUGUGGUAUAGAUUUAGAAAUAUCGAAGGCUGUGAGCUUACAGGAAAGUGUUGAAAAACAUGUUGUAUUAAUUCUAGUCGCUGUAACCGCUAUUUUACGAUCUUUAUUGUAA